AAAGCCACAGAGUAAUGUUAGUCAUUUCAUUAUUCAUGUUGCUUGAUGUUAUCAGUUGUUAUCAGCGAGAGGUGACACCGACAUGGCAGGUGAAAAAGUGUUGUCCCAGAUAUAUUUGAUCGGUUAUUGUGCAGUAAGCAGUGUGCACUCCUUUGCUUUGGUUAGGUGCACAGUGAAUAAUUAAUAGCGUGAGUAAUAGUGACCAGCAUGUCGAAGCGCACAGUGCUCAAUGAGGAUUACAAGGGGCUGGUGGAGUGGUUCCCGAUUCCCGCGGAGCUGCACGAAGCGGACGGGCGUAGGUUUGCAUCUUUCGGCUCCGUGCUGCCCAUCCACUGCUGCACUCCACAACAGAUUGAAGAGAGAUCAAAAACAACCCAUCAUUACUGCGACGUGUUCACAGACGAUCCGCUACGUGAUCCCCAUAGCGAGUUGGUCUACGUGAGACUUGACGAAGACUCGGCGGAAAAGGUGUUCCUGAACCGAAGCAAACGCAUUCUGCUGUUAUCGAGCGACGGGCGGGUGGCGCAGUGGCAGAGCGCGCCCACUUUCGAGUCCAGCAACACGUUCGUGGCGGGCGCGCCCAUCGUGUCGCAGGACGGCCAGCUGGUGUCAGUAGUGACGGCCCGUCGCGGGAAUCACUACGCCGUCUCCACCUUCGAGAGCGAGGGAGGGUACUUCGAGACGAGCCAGCCGUGGGAGGUGCGCGACAUGCAGGAGGGCGGCCUCCACUACGCCGACCACGUGUUCCUGAGCCGCGAACCGCUCCGCGCGCACGUGGCGGCGCUGCCCCCGCCCGGGGACGAUGCGGGGGCGCCCCCGCGGCCGCUGCUGCUGCGCGGGCCCGGGGGCGGAGGCCGCGUGCUGCUGGUGGCAGGCUCAGGCCGCCAGCUGGCCCUCAUCUACCUGGCGAGCGUGUUCACCGACGACAUUCAAUACUUGUGAUCUACACCACUGACUUGCGAUUCUAUAAUAUGUCAUUUCGUAGGUACAAAAGUACUUUUGUAACUAUCUAUACGCAGUUUCAAAACAAAUUUAUAUGUAAGUGGGUAAUUUUCUCUUUUCAAUUUUAUUCAAAUCUUCAACGUUAUCAAACUGACCUAGGUAUCUUAAUUUACCUACACUGUAACAUUAGGUACUGUCACUUUAAAAUGACAUUUCACUAUUUUACUUGAGUUUAGGUUACCUACGAGAUCCAUAAUGUCUCGAUGACAUCUAUUUCGUCCAUCAUCGCUAUUAUCUGGUUACAAUGACGCUGUACUUUCCUACCAAGUGUGAGGUCAUCUGAGAUGCCUACAUUCUAAGCAACAUUUAUGCUUGAUAGGGCUUGAGAAUCGCGGAACUAUUCCAAAAUGCCUCUUAAUAAAAAAACGUAUUUUAAAGUAUAUUGAUAGACAUAUUAUGUGCAUUCAUUAUUGAUAUUACUCGUAUAGAAGUAGGUCGUUAUAAUAACACAAGUUUUAUAGGUUAGUAUUAAGUAUCUUCAUAUAAAUUGAAGGACAAAUUACUUGUUAUUUUGUAUAUUGUAUAUAAAUGUUGAUAUAUGAUUUGUUAAUUACAUUAAUACGUAAUUUAUUAUUAUAUAAGAGUUGAAUAAAAACAUCAUAUUAUAUGAAA